AAUGAAAAAUGAAAUAUAACAAUCAAAGAAUUAGAGUUUUAUGUAGAAUAAGGAAAGAAAUAAAGUGAAAAUGAUAAUAUAAUAAGGAUUUCUAGUAGUUAGAUAUUAGUUUAUUGAAUUAUUAAUAAGAAUAGCAAAUCUGAAAUAUAAAAGAAUGGGAAUGCUUAAAAUGUUAAUGAAGCUAUAGUAUUCUUAUGGGAUAUCAUUUAUGUGAAGAAUUCAAUAUUCAUGAUAGUUAAAAAUUCG